AUCUAGGUAUUAUAUAGUAAUAGCAUAUACUUGUUCAUUUUUAUUUUUCCCCACUAAAAGAAGCUAAUGAAUAUUAAAAUUCUUUUGACCCUACUUACAGUUUCGGUCUCAAUUUACAUUUUCUAUACCUCAACCUAGAAUGUGUUGAGAUUUUGAGUUGUUAGGGUUGUUAGAAUAUGAUAAGUAUUUAUCUUUUAAAUUUAGGAUAUGAUAAGUAUUUAUCUUUUAAAUAUAGAGUCUAGCUAUUAAGAGUUUGUUAUUUAGUUUCUAUCAAAGUCUUACAUAUAAGUAUAAAUAUAAGGCUGAUGUAUCUCUUUUUGAUAUCAGAAUACAAUAAUGAAAACCUAAUUCUUAGGUUAUUUCUUUCAAGUUGGUAUCAGAGCCUACCAAAAAAAAAAAAUGCUUUGAAACACUUAAAACAACAUGAGUGGUAGAGAUGGUGAACCAUCUGGAUCGAAACCUAUUAUCAUUCAAUCUGAAGGAGCAUUCAAUGCAGGAAUUACGCUUACAGAAUCAAAUUAUGAUGUAUGGUCUCAACUAAUGGAAAUGCAUAUUGCUGAAAGAGAAAAGCUUUCCUAUAUUCGGGAAAAAACAAAACCACCUGCUGAAUCAGAGGAUGGGUAUGAAAAGUGGUAUGCUGAAAACCAAAAGGUGAAAAGAUGGCUGCUAAUGUCUAUGAGUCCAGAGAUUAUGAAACGAUAUUUACGCUUAUCCAUUGCCCAUGAAAUCUGGACUGCUUUAUCAAAAGCUUUCUAUGAUGGCAGUGAUGAGUUGCAGCUCUUCUCCUUAAACCAGAAAGCAUUUGCAGCCAAACAGAAUAGAAGAUCUCUCUCUGAAUAUUAUGGAGAACUAACUGCAAUUUUUCAGGAAUUGGAUCACAGAGACAAAGUGGUCAUGAAGGAUCCUGAUGAUGUGGUUGCGUACAAAAAAUCUAUUGAAUGACUACGGGUGCAUAUAUUUUUAGCUGGACUGGAUGAUCACUUUGAGCAGGUUCGCGGAGAAAUCCUACGUCAGGAGUCUACUUCAGGCCUAGAAGAAAGCUAUGCCCUGAUUCGACGAGAGGAGAACCGCUGUGUAACAUUAAAAGGAGACUAUGGAGACUCCGAUGCUGCUGCUAUGGUGAUUCGCAACAAGUCAAAGACAUCUAUUGGCUAUCCAGAUUGGUGGGAUCAGAAUCGAGGAUCACAAAGAAGGAAAGCUAAGAAUUCCCUGAUUUCCGCUGUUGCUGAAACCAAAACA